CAAGAUUUAAUCCAUGGAUAUAGCUAUGGAGCUAGCGUCUGGCUAUGUCGCCUUGAGCAGGAGUGCCGGGUUUGUCACUAGCAGCAGCUCUUGCCACUUUCCGGCACUGGUCAGCAGCAGCUUCUCGGGGAUUUUCAGCCACAGCUCCAGCUCGAGUAGCGUUCGCUGUAGGAGGAAUGUGGUGGAAAUUCUAGAGCAGAGGGGACUUGUCGAGUCGAUUGCUGGCGAGAGCUUGAAGAAGGCAUGCGACGAGAAACCCAUCAAGGUGUACUGCGGCUUCGACCCCACAGCGGAGAGCUUGCACCUGGGAAACUUGCUGGGAAUUGUGGUACUCGAGUGGUUCCAGCGGUGUGGUCACGAGACCGUGGCUCUUUUAGGUGGUGCGACUGGAAGAAUAGGCGACCCAUCGGGAAAGAGUGCUGAGAGACCUGUCAUGGAUGAAGCUACGAUCGAGAAGAACACGCAGGGAAUCCAAGCUCUUCUCACGGAGAUCUUGCAGCAAAAGGCUGUUGUGCUCAACAAUUACGACUGGUGGAAGGAGUUUAGCUUGCUCGAGUUCUUGCGGGAUGUUGGAAAGUUUGCUCGGGUUGGAACGAUGGUUGCAAAGGAGAGUGUGAAGAGAAGGCUGGCCUCGGAAGAAGGUAUCAGCUUCACGGAGUUUACGUAUCAGCUACUGCAAGGCUACGACUUCGUUCAUCUCUACAAAAGCAAUGGCGUUUCGGUCCAGAUCGGUGGCAGCGAUCAGUGGGGGAAUAUAACUGCUGGAAUCGACUUGGUACGCAAGCUCUUGCAACGAGACGAUGCCUACGGCCUCACUUUUCCACUUCUCGUCAAGAGCGAUGGAACCAAGUUCGGAAAAUCGGAAGGUGGCGCGGUGUGGCUCUCGUCGAAGUUCCUAUCGCCGUAUCACUUCUACCAGCACCUCUUUGCGACACCCGACUCGGACGUGAUCAAGAUGCUGAGAAUGCUCACGUUUGUGGAGCUGGAGGAGAUCGAGGCGCUGGAGAAAUCCAUGUCCGAGCCGGGGUACGUCGCCAACACUGCUCAGAGAAGGCUGGCGGAAGAAGUGACGAGGUUCGUGCAUGGAGAAGAUGGCUUGGAGGAGGCUCUGAAAGUCACACAGGCACUGUCUCCUGGAAGCACCACGACGCUGGACUGGACAGCGAUCGAGGCCAUCUCCAGAGACGUACCGUCGUGCACGCUCGACUCGUCCGUCGUCGUCGGCCCCGUGGUGGAUCUGUGCGUCAGCUGCGGCCUCGCUCCGAGCAAAGCUGUUGCUCGUCGCCUCAUCAAACAAGGUGGCAUCUACAUGAACAACGCGAAGGUGGACGACGAGAGAUUGCUCGUGGCGGAGUCGGAUAUCAUCGAUGGCAAGAUGCUGCUACUUUCGGCAGGAAAGAAGAACAAGAUGGUCGUCCGGAUUGGUUAAGAUCCUCGCGAAGUCAGUCACAAGAACGAGAUGGUUGUCUAGAUUUUUCAAGCUCCUCGUAGUCGGCGGUCGUCUCGAUCGGUUAAGUUCUUCGUGAGGCCAGUCACGGGAGAGCGAGCUUGUCGGGAUCCUGUUACAGUCGAUGGUCGACCAAGUUUCUCGCUAAGGUCAGUACUUUGAGAUGGUGUCUAAGCUCCCCGCUCGCGUAAUCGGCCACAGGGAAAGGACGGACGAAGAACAAGAUGGUGGUUAAGUUCUUUGCGAAGCCAGUCACGGGAGAGCGAGUUUCUGAGGAUCCAGUGCAAGUGUUUGCGCAAGUUUCUCUCAUAGUCGGUACUUUGAGAUGGUUGACUAGAUUUUUCAUCUAGUCGGCCACAGGGAAAGGAAGUACGAAGAACAAGAUGAUCGUCUCGAUCGGUUAAGUUCAGUCACGGGAGAGCGAUCCCGUCAGGAUCCGGUUACAGGAAAAGCAAGUUUUUGCGCAAGUUUUCUCUCAAAGUCAGUACUUCGGUGAACAGGAAACGAGGAGAUUGUCCGUUCAGUCUCGAGAAGAUGGUCGUUAAGUAAUCAUCAGGGAGGAGGAAAGUUACAAACAAGCGAACAACACGGCAUCGGUUAAGCUACUCGCAAAGUCAGUCUGGAUCUGGAUCGCGAGAGAAGCGACACGGACUGUGGAUCAGUUAAGUUAUCCUCGCAGCGAAGUCAUCAAGAACAGGAAGACAAGGAGGAAGAGCCAAGAACAGAGGGAAAGCAAAAACAAUGCCGUGAAACUUCCACAGGUGCUAGGCCUGGAUUGGGCGCUGCGUCUCGGCCACAUGGUUGGCUGCCUGUCCGGAGCAAACGAGCGAGCACUACAUGUGUGCCUGUGGCUGUGGUCAGAGCGCCAAGCUUAUUCAGCGGAGCAAACAAAACAGCACAAGCACGCUCGCUGCUUCCUUCGUCUCCUCUCCAUUUAAGGGCUCGAUCGAGAAUGCCAAGCGUAAGGAGAUCUACUACUACCACUUCGCUCUCGCACUCUCGCUCGCACAGAGUUCGUUGCUUCUGUUCGAAUUUUUUCCGUUUGGAAAAAUCCCAGCCGGGUGAAGUGCACCGACGAGAAAGUGCUCGCCAUCGCCCAGAUUUGAGCGUACGUAAAACCAUCAUCAACGCGGUUAAGAUCGCGACUAAGACCUACAACCACGAGCGAGGAGCACACUUACAUCUCCAAAAAGUAAGCUUUUAAUCUUUGUUUCACGCUAGACGAGCUCCUGGCUAUGGAGGAUGAGAGAGAGAUCUCCAAAAAGAAAGCUUUUGUUUCGAUGA